AUGAUCUCAGUGAUCUCAGUGAGUGGGCACCAAGAUCUGGGCGAGAUCUGGAUCCAGAUCUGCGGCCAGCUCGUCGGCGGCGUCUACACAAUCCGGUCUGACAUAGAUCGUGGCAGCUGCGGUCUGCCAGAGCUCGGCGCCGCCGCCGGCGGAGACGAGGCGCUGCUGCGUCCGCUGGCCGAGCGAGUCAGCGCAAAGGUGCUGGGCGGCGGCGCCGUCCACGCUGCAGACGUCUCCGUUGGCGCGUCCUCGGCGCGCGUCCCCGCCGCACCCACCACGCCCGCCGCACCCGACGCCCCGCCAGCAGCUGCCGCACCACUGCCGGCGUGCGGCGCGGGCGCGGGCGCGGGCGCGCCUGCCGUGAAGCUGCUGGGCUGCCACCCUCCCGCCCUGUCGGUCGGCCGCGGCCGGCAGGCCCUGACGCUCCACAUAGCGCUCGCACCCGGCGCCGGUUCCAUCCCCGCCGGCGCCAACAAGGCGCCCACCGCCCCGGCCCCCGCCAACGCCCCUGCUGACGCCGACGCCGACGCUGAAGCCGGCUGGCCCCUCUCGACGCGACUCAUCGUGUACGAGCAGGGCGGGCCCGUCCUGCUUGACUCGACCUGCACCCUAGAGCCCCCGCUGCCCCAAGCGGCCGCCAGACCCACAGGCGCCGCCGCCCCAGCUGCCGGCGACGACGGCGGCGGCGGCGCCGCCGUCGCCGUCGCCGCCGCCCCCGGCGGCGCGGGAAGCUUCCGGCUGUCCGCCACGCUGCCGCCGCUCCGCCGGCGCGGCGCGGUCGGCGUCGCGCUGAUGCUGGGGCCGCGGCGGCUGGCGGCGUACCAACCUCUCCCGGCGCUGCCACCGGCGGCCGCCGACGAAGUGUCAGCCAUAUGGCUGCGCGCGGCGGAGGCGGCGGCGGCAGCGCCGCCCCAACCGGCGCCAGCGGCGGGGCCUCUGGCGGGCGCUGCGGGCGCCGGGAUGGCGGGCGGGCUCACUGUUGCAUGGCGGGCAGGGGUUGCACCGCUGUUGACGGACCUGUGCGGUUUGAUGGUCGCAGCGGACAAGGUGCACCGCAGCCGCGCCGGCGGCGACAGCGGCUGCAAGGAAGAGCAGGCUGCCGCCGUCACCCAGGCCGCGGCAAGCGCCGCAACAGUCGGCCCGCGGCGAGCCCCUCGCCGCCUGGGCGACCCGGUGGCCUCCGCGGCCGCUGCGGCCGGCGGCGCCGCCGUCGCCGCCGCCGCCCUGGCGGCGGCCGCGCUGCUGCGGCUGCUGCUCGCCGCGUACGGCGCCGCGCUCGCGGCCAGCGCGGCGAUCGCGCGCGCGUCCGCCGCCGCGCGGCGCCGGGCCGCCGGCGUCGCGGGCGCGGGGUGGUGGGUCGCGACAGGCUGGUUGGCCCGCGGCUUCGAGCCUGCGGGGGCGGAGGCCGCUUACCUGGAUUGGAAGCAGCGCCACACAGCGGCCGUAGAUGUGUUCAGCGUUGCCUUUCACGGGCUGGCCACGGCCGCCGUCCUGGCCGCGAGGAGACCGGCUUCGUCCAGCGUCGCCACCUGGGUGCACGCCGCAAUCAUCUUGACAAACCUCAUCCCCCUGGCGGCCCUUGCCGCGCGCCUCUCCCUGCGCCCCGGCGGCCGCGACGCCGCGGUAAUCGCGCACGGCUGGGCCUCGGCGGCGGCGACGGCCGCCUUGACGUUGGCGCAGCCCGAGGCGCUGCCGGCGCCGCUCGUCACGUUCUUCCGAGGACAGCUCAAAGAGUCGGUCGUGUGGGUGGCGUGCCAUGGGGUGCUGACGCCCUUCAUUUCGCAGCUGCGCCUGAGGGACGCGCUGCCAUCAGAGCUGACCAAGCAAGCCGCCGCUGCCCUCGCCUCCCUCGCAUUCGGCUGCCCGCGCGCCUGGGCGCUCGGGCGCACGGCUGCCAUCGUCCUUGUGUCUUGCGCCGUGCGCGCGGCCAUCGAGCUGAAAACGCGGCGGCUGUUCCUGCAGCACGGGGCCUGCACCUCAGCCCCUGCGCCCGGCCAGGCGGGGUGGGAGGUUGCCGGCUGCAGCCGCCGAGCGCGGUGCUGCGACUGA